AUGGCUUGCACCAUCGGCAGCAGGCGCAAUGGCAGGCGCACCGUAGUCUGCUCCGUCCUCCUCCUCGUCCUCGCAGUCUCCAUCAACAUCCCCGUGUCCCGCGCCGACGCCUCAUCCUCCUCCUCCUCCUCCUCCUCCUCCGAUGGCGGAUCCGACGGCCCGCCCAAGGUGGGAAAAUCCGCAGGGUCCAUCACGAGCGUGGUGAACAACCCCAAGCCCGACGGGCACGGCGAGGUGGACGACGGAUUCCGCGCGGACGUUCCCAAGGCCGUCCUAGCUCAGGACGAUGCGGGCGCGACGUUCGUGGACGUGAAGCAGGACUCGCUCGCCAUUCCCGAUGUGAAGAAGGCCGGGUGGAACCGCAUGAAGUGCCCCCCGCAUCUCCCGGUGCCCGGGCAGGGCGCAUGCACGCCCGCGAACUGCAGCAAGGGCGGGAUUCCCGCCAAGUGGAAGACAUCCAACCUGCUGAAGCACAAGCUGGGAGUGGAGAUUUACGUGAAGGGAAAUCCGCUGACGGUGAAGAAGGCAUCUCCGCAGACGUGCUGCAACACGUGCGCCGCCACGCCGCGCUGCACAUACUGGCAGUUCAUUCCCGAUAUCACUAUCGACGGCACCAAGACCCCCGGCGCGUGCUUCCUGGUGCACGACGAGAUCGACUACACGUGCGGGCAGAUCAUCGCGCAGUACGCCACGGAGACCAAGCCCGUGCCCCUGCAGGUGCGCCUUGGCGGCGAGUGCAACAGCGCGCCGGAGAUCCUCAACGACCCGCAUCUGGUGGGCGCGCACGGCACGCACUUCGACUUCAACGGCCGCCCGGACCGCGCUUUCUGCCUACUCACGGACCGCGACCUGCACGUGAACAUGCUGCUGCGCGGGUACUACGACGACCGCACUGAAGGCGCCGCGCUGGUGGUGGACGGCAAGGCCGUGCACACGUGGAUCAAGGAGCUUGGUAUUGUGUGGACAGCCAAGGGUAAGACCCACAAGGUGCGGCUGGCGGCGCGCAGCGGCAAGCAGCAGGAGCGCGGCGCGGGAUUCAUGAAGACCAUCGAGAUCGACGGAUACCCCAUCAAACGCAUGGCGGUCGGAAACUCCGUCUCCGCUACAGGCGGAAUCACUAUCACCUUCAAGGAUCUCGAGCAGGAAGGCCCUUACGACGUGGAUUACUACACUCUCUCCAUCGACGGGCUCGUCUCUCUGGACCUUCGCCUGCGCGUCGCGAAUCCGAAACUCCAGACUCCGACCGACGCCGAGGCGCACAUCAACGUCGGGAUCGUGGAGCUCGAGCACACGGAGGAAAUCCAUGGCGUCCUGGGGCAGACCUACCGUGACGACCACUCGCGCCGCGCUGCGGAUUUCCAGAAGCUGAUCGCGUCGCUGCACCACCCGAUCUCCGUGGAUGGGGAGAGCGGGAAGGGUUUUCUGGACGGCACGCCGCGGUCGUAUGAGAGCAGCUCUGUGCUCGCCGUGGACUGCGCUCACACCACGUUCGCGCGCGCCAAGGAGCUCAGCCCCGUUGCUGAUUAUGGGAUGUAG